AUGAACGACUGCGAAACGCAUCUUCAACCUGACCUCAAUCACAAAUACUCUGAUAACUUGAGCAUGUCAGAACCAAGAGGGUCUGAAGUUAAAAAUAGGCGCCUUCUACUCCACGACUGCGGCGGCGACGACGACGACGGGGAGUGUAACGACCACGACGAAAACGAAGACAUGUUCAAGAGCGCGGCGACCAAGAUCGCCCACAACACGACAAUUCCGUCGCUUGGGGGCAAUGCGGACCUACGACCCCUGCAGGAUCUCAUAACGCUUGAGAAGAGUGUUUUAAUCUCCUUGCAAAAGCUGUCUUCGGACUAUACGAAAGCUGCUGAUGCCCUGAAGAUUUGGGGCCAGACGGAGGGCGACGACCUCGGCAAUAUCUUAACUGCCUCAGGAAACCUCCUACUUCAUUUCUCAACUGCAUUGUCGCAGUAUGCUGCGCACGGGCAUGUCAUCCGUGAAAACCUCAAGUCGAUUCGGUCGCGUGAGGAGGCGCUGGACGAAAUGCGACGACGGCGACGGACGGUAUCACGAAAGGCAGACGACGCAGAAAGGAAACUCAGCAAGAUGAAUCCAGAACAUAAGAAUUUCGACUCCCAGACGGAUCUCCUCAACCGUCUGAAAGACGAGAUCAGGGUUCUCGAUUCAGACAUUAUGACGGAAGAGGCGGCGAUAGGCGACUACAAGCGCUCAUGUACGCGGACGUGGAUGGGCCUCAAGUUUGGCGGACUGCUGGAAUGCUGCGAGAAGGGCAAGAUUGCAGGGGAAUUCGGAAAGCUGCUCAUAUCCGAGAUUCCGGAGGAGUUUACACAGCCUGGCAUGCCCCGAAGCAUGUACUACGGGCACGGCAAGGUCGAGUCUAUCAUGAACGAAGCCGACAGAUGCAUAGGCCAGGUUUCGCUUUCGGCAACCCCUGGUCCGCGACAAGGUCCACCACCGCAGCUGGCGCCCCAGGCGCAAGACUUCAACGUUCCUCGACCAACCAUCAAUACCCUCCCUCUGCCACCCAAAGGACCCAACCGUGGUCUCGAUUCCCCGGCAACCACCAGUGCUCCCUACAACGUCGAUGAAUUUGGGGCACCGACAAUCAGCACACCAAUCGAUACUACCUCACCUGGCGGGCGGUUCGCCACAUUUCCAGUGAAGCAUCGACAGGAUUCUUACCCACCGCCUGGUUCUUUCUUGUCAGGCCCUGAACCACCUUCUCUGACAACCCGACACGAACUCGGAGAUUCCUUCUCCCUGUCAAUAGCUGAGGCACUUGAGGCCAAGACCGGGACAGAGGAUGUGACCAGCUCUUGGCGUGGUCGGCUGAGUGGGGAAGCCAACCUCCCUCCACCAGAAGCUUCUCCCCUUCCCAAGAUACCUCCUGCGCAAGAUAAUCCUUGGGCCGCUAAGGAUGAUCGACUGCUGUCUGCGGACAAACGGCCCACAUCGCCCAUUUCCGAUGACGACAAUGCUCUUCUCGCGUACAUGACUUCGGUCGACAAUGCGCCUUCGUCCCCGGAAAGCGCCCAAGCACCGCUCCCAGAGACCAAGAAAGAGCCGGAAAACCAGAAACCCUCGUCGCCAGCACCGCCCAAUGCCCCAGCUCCUGUGCCCGCGCUGGAGAUACCGCCGCCUGAAGAAGGAUCGCCAGAGAAGCAUGUACGGAUCAAGAGCACUCACGUCGAAAUCAUUAAUAACGACGACGAACCUCCUGAAGAACCAGAGAAAAAGUCGACAAUUCACCGUGUUCCCGCACCCACUCUGGGACCAGAAGAAGAACGCGCACUCGACGCCGCAGCUGCACGAGGGAUCAAUCUCGAUCUCGACAACGGGUUCACACCACCCAAACUCUCUUUCCCUGGAAACGAUGAAGAGGACUCGAAGAAACCGGACGCUGAGCCGUCGGACACUACUGACCGUGGCCGCAGUACCGCGGCGGGUGGCCAGGCUGCGAAUGAGUCUGUACCCGAACGCGAGCCAUCUCCUCUUGAACCCCCAUCUGCACCGUUCGCCCGCCGAGAGGUUUCUCCCCAAGCUUCAUUUGAUAAUGCAGUCGCAGAAUCAAUCGCCAAAGACUUCAGAGUCUGCUCCAUCGCAUGGAUAUCCCAAUCCCUACGAUUCGCCGUCUCCUUCGCAAGACUCUCAUACGACGUUGACGAAUUUACCUCCCCGCCUCCAGUCAUUGCAGGCUCAGAGUCUGGGUGA